AUGGCGACUACAGCUGAAGCACUAGUUGUCGAGCCUCAUAUGGCCUUCGACACCAUUCUGGUCCUCGACUUUGGCUCACAGUACUCGCACCUUAUCACGAGGAGACUCCGCGAGCUCAACAUCUACUCUGAGAUGCUCCCAUGUACUCAGAAAAUUGCCGAUCUGUCAUGGAAACCAAAGGCUGUUAUUCUGUCGGGGAGUCCAUACUCUGUCUAUGCGCCAGACGCACCGCACGUAGACCCAGCUGUAUUCGAUCUAGGAGUCCCCGUCCUAGGCAUCUGCUACGGCUUGCAAAUGAUAGCGUGGAACCACGGCAAAAAUGUCUCUGCGGGCGACAAGAGGGAGUACGGACAUGCCAAGCUGAAUGUGACGCGGCACGCAGGGAAGUUGGCGCACAUUGAUAAGUUAUUCGAAGGGCUUGAGGGAGAUCUUGUGGUAUGGAUGUCGCAUGGAGAUAAGCUAUCUAAUCUUCCCGAGAAUUUCGUGACCAUCGCAACAACAGCCAAUGCGCCCUUUGCCGGAAUCGCACACACCGAGAAGCCCAUUUAUGGCAUUCAGUUUCACCCGGAGCUCACGCACACACCGCGAGGGAAGGAUGUUCUUCGAAACUUUGCGGUUGGAAUAGCAAAAGCCGAGCAAAACUGGACAAUGGGCGAAUUUGUGAGCCAAGAAAUCGACCGCAUUAGAAAAUUGGUCGGGGAGAAAGGACAAGUUAUCGGAGCUGUCAGUGGCGGUGUCGAUUCAACAGUGGCUGCAAAGUUAAUGCAGGAGGCAAUUGGAAAUCGAUUCCAUGCUGUCCUCGUCGACAAUGGCGUCCUUCGUUUGAACGAGGCUGCGACCGUCAAAGAAACUCUAACGAAACAUCUUGGCAUCAACCUUACUGUGGUUGAUGCCAGCGAGCGGUUUCUCGGCAAGCUGAAGGGAAUUACAGAUGAUCCCGAGAAAAAACGAAAAGUCAUCGGCAACACAUUCAUCGAAGUCUUCCAAGAAGAGGCCAAGAACAUUGCGGCCGCUGCGAAGGGAUUUUCCAACGAGGGUGAGAUCAAAUGGCUGCUUCAAGGCACGCUGUAUCCCGAUGUGAUUGAAAGUAUUUCGUUCAAGGGACCUAGCGCAACCAUAAAGACUCACCAUAAUGUGGGCGGCCUUUUGGAAGGCAUGCACCUCAAGCUCAUUGAGCCGCUCCGCGAGCUUUUCAAGGACGAAGUCCGUGAGUUGGGGAAACAGCUUGGUAUUCCAGAGGAACUUGUCUGGCGCCAUCCAUUUCCAGGUCCUGGCAUUGCCAUUCGGAUUCUUGGAGAAGUGACCCCAGAACAAGUCCGUAUUGCCCGGGAGGCCGACCACAUAUUUAUCGAAGAGAUUAAAGCGGCCGGGCUGUACCGGAAAAUCAGCCAGGCAUUUGCGGCCCUUUUGCCUGUCAAGGCAGUUGGUGUAAUGGGAGACCAGCGUGUUCAUGACCAAGUCAUUGCGCUCCGGGCUGUGGAGACCACAGACUUCAUGACCGCGGACUGGUAUCCGUUUGACGGCGAGUUCCUGAAGACGGUCAGCAGGAGGAUCGUGAAUGAGGUCAAGGGAGUGUGCCGAGUCGUCUACGACAUUACAAGCAAACCUCCUGGAACGAUUGAAAUGGAGUAA